AUGGCGAUGCUUUUCCACUCAUCUUCUCCGAUGGCAAAGCCGUCGCAAGAACGUGUGGGAAAAUUUUCAGGGUAUCUUACCCAAGUAACGAGGUCCCAAACCUUUCCACUCAACAAUGUGUUUUCCAAAGGUAUGUCUACAGCCCAGGCAGCCAUAGCUUCAAAAGACACUGCAGCUGCAACUGCUUUUACUCUGCCGAAUUGGAGGUCAGGCAAGAAUGAUCCCAAAACCAGAGAACUCAAGCUGAAUGAUGCAUUUUUAUACCUGGAGUAUAUGGUGGAGAAAGGCCACAAACCUGAUGUACCUAAUGCUACUCAGUUGCUGUACGAUCUCUGCAAAUCGAGUAAGGUGAGGAAAGCUACUAGAGUGAUGGAGAUGAUGGUUAAAUCAGGAACCAUACCUGAUGCUGCUUCCUACACUUUCCUGGUGAACCAUUUGUGCAGGCGAGGGAAUGUUGGCCACGCGAUGCAGCUAGUCGAAAGAAUGGAGGAGUAUGGCUAUCCGACGAACACAGUCACUUAUAAUUCUCUUGUUAGAGGGUUAUGCAUGCGGGGGAACUUGAACCAGUCCCUCCAUUUCGUCGAGAGGCUGAUGCAGAAAGGGCUGGUCCCGAAUGCAUUCACCUAUUCGAUCUUGCUCGAGGCAGCUUACAAGGAGAAGGGGGUCGACGAGGCCAUGAGGUUGUUGGAUCAUAUCAUAGCCAAAGGUGGGAAUCCGAAUCUUGUGAGCUACAAUGUGAUUCUAACCGGUUUGUGUAAGGAGGGCCGGGUUGAGGAGGCGAUGCAGUUCUUUAGGGAAUUACCAGCCAAGGGAUUCAAUCCUAAUGUUGUGAGCUACAAUAUAUUGUUGAGGAGUUUGUGCUACGAUGGGCGUUGGGAUGAAGCGAAUAAGCUUCUUGCGGAGAUGGGUGAUGAUGACAGAUUGCCGUCCAUUGUGACCUACAAUAUCUUGAUUGGCUCACUUGCUGUGCACGGAUUAGUUGACCAGGCAAUCGAGGUUUUGGAUGAGCUGUUCCGGGAUGGCCAGUUCAAACCGGAUGCCGCGAGCUACAACCCAGUUCUUGUGCGUCUCUGCAAAGAGAGGAAAGUGGAUGAUGUUAUGAAAUGUCUUGAUCAAAUGGUAGUUAGGAACUGUAAUCCGAAUGAGGGAACAUAUAAUGCUAUAGCGUUGCUGUGCGAGGAAGGUAUGGUGCAAGAAGCGUUCUCUAUCAUUCAGAGUUUGAGAACUAAGCUAGAUUCGUCUAUCCAUGAUUUCUACCGAACCGUUGUAUCAAGUUUGUGCAAGAAAGGGAACACUUACGCGGCAUUCCAGUUGCUGUAUAAAAUGACAUCCCGCGGGUUCACUCCUGACUCCUAUACCUAUUCGUCGCUGAUACGAGGAUUGUGUUCAGAGAGAAUGUUGGAUGCUGCCAUGGAGGUUUUCAUAGUCAUGGAAGAACACGGCUUUCUGCCUGAUGUUGAUAAUUAUAACGCUCUUGUGCUCGGGCUCUGCAAGCUGCAAAGAACAGAUUUAUCAAUUGAAGUGUUGGAGAGGAUGAUCGAGAAGGGUUACAUGCCAAAUGAGACUACUUACACAAUUCUAGUCGAAGGGAUCAUUCACGAGCAAGAGAAGGUGCUGGCAACAGAUCUGUUGAAGGAGUUGCAAGCCAGACGAGUCAUUAGCUACAACACAAUAGAGAGGCUUACUAUGCAAUAUGACCUUGAAAGUCAUUUGAAUUAAGUCAUAAUUCAUGGCAUGACAAGACUAAGAAUCCGGUGUUCCUUCUGUGAGAUGGCUGCAUCAACAAUGGUAAGUCACUGCGUACAUUUUGAGACAGAUAACUGGCUUCAUACCACAUUCAUUUUAUUGUAGCUCGGGCUGAAAUCAAAACUUGGUACAACACUUACCAUCAUGCUUUAUGUAAACAUGCACAGUUGUUCUUAGUUCUAUUGUAUUCUAACAUUUGGAAGAAUAUAUGAAACUCAUACAAUGUUCAUCUUCUC